AUGAUAUUUUCUAUGAACGUGUUAAUACCACUGUUGUGGAUGAUUUACACUAACGCUUUUAACUUAGAAAAGAAUUACAACUUCAGUUGUACAACCAACUCAAAUCAAGUGACAAAAAGUGCAACUAUAUAUCCAGUAAACAAUGGCUCUUAUUAUAACAUUGGGUUCUUAACAUCCGAUAUCACGCUUUGUAUGUGCACAACACUAAACACAGAACGAAAACGUAACGACAAGUGUGAGUUUACUGGGCCGUAUUGCAUUCAGACUCUUUUUAGUUCUAUUGAUCAUUACAAAACUGACUGUGUUGUGAUAGUAGAUAGAGACUUCAAGUUUUACAUAGAAGGGGAGCAAACAGUAGAAGAUUAUGCGACUCAAUAUUCUGAUGCCUUAGUUUUAAAAAACAACAUCACAGUAAGUUUAUAUGCGUGGUUUGAAUUUAAAAAUGUUGAACUUAAAGAAAACUGUCAUAUUACAAUUCCAAGUCAUUUUCAUUGUAAUGAGAAGAUGUCAUUCAACAAAGGAAGUCACAUCACUUUUAAUGAGUCGAUUUCUUUAAGAGGAAAAAUAGAAGUUCCUAAUAACUAUGAAUUUAUUUAUCCAUUAAUCACAUCAUGGAUUGCUCCACUAAAUGUCAUGCACAUAUACCCAGAUUUUGGAAUGGUCGAUGGCACCACAAAUUGUGUUGAUGUCGUUUCUAUGCAACAAGAUGUCAAUCAAUAUGACGACGAUACCACAAAAUAUAUAACAAAAGCAGUAUGGAAUGACACUAAUGGGUUAAACCACCUUUAUUUAAUCAAUGAGAAGUUAAUUCGAUAUUGCCCAAAUGGCUUAAAUAGUGUUGAUUGUAAACAAUUAAAGUGUUAUUUGAAUGGAAACCAGUGGAUGGAUACAAUUCCUUCAACCAAUUUAUUUGCAUUUACAGCACCACAUUGUCCAUGUACAACAUAUGAUGGAUUUACUUGUACUAUUUAUAUUGAAAAUAGUAAUGUCGACUUGUUAUCAAAAAACUUAAACAAUUUAGUUGCUCCAAUUAACACUCAAAUUAGAAAUGGAGGAAGUUACACAAAUGUUGUAGUUAAAAGUGAAGUCACUGCUUUUUCUUUGGCUUCAAAAUUUGUUGCAAAUUUGACUUUAGAAAACGUCUUUUCUUUAAUAAAAGAGACUGCAACAAUUCAAACAACAAACAUUUUAAUAUCACAAAAUGAAAGUGAAAUUAUUGUGAAUGAUGAAUAUAUAAAUGACGUGAAAUGCACUUUAUUGGAUAACACCAAGAAAAUCAUUUUUAAAGUUUUAACUCAAAAUUUUGAUAUAACAACACAAAAUGAUUUGAAUAAUUUGAACGUGGAAAUGUCAACGGGGAUUUUGGGUGUUACUUGUGUAGCUGGAAAUACCAAUUAUAUUACAGUGAAUAACAUUAAAUUUCAAUUAAAUAAUUUGACAACAACACUGACAUUUACUAUGAGUCAAAAUACAAUGACAACAUCAACUGGUUUUGCUCAAGCUUCAAUUCAAGUUGGAGAAGAAACACUUUCAUUUUCUUCUGAUAAAGAAACUACAAUUACUUUAAUAGACUCAAAGUACACAAUUACAACAGACAGUCUUAAUAAUGUUUCUCUUCCUAAAGUGAUUUCAUUGACUUUAGUAGUAAAGAGCUUCACUUCAAUUGUUUCUGAAGGAAGAUUUGAAUUCCCAAGUAAUUUGAAUACAACACAAGUACAUACUAUUGAAGUGACAUCGACUGAGAAUACACUGGAAAUCACAACGGAUUCACUUAACGAUUUCAUUAUUACUAAUAAGAAAGAAGACUUUAACUAUACAAUUAAUACAAAUACUAAUAUUACUAUAUUUGGGGUGAAAACGGGAAGUGUCACUGUUCCAAAUACAUAUAACAAAAUACUAAAAUUUGCCAGUCAGCCAACUGAAAUUUCUAAGAACGAAUUUUUCACAUUGAGUGAAAUUGAAAAUAUUAAAAGCAACAUUAAUAGAGAUGGAACGGAAACAAUAAUUUCAUUUAAUAGUCAAAAUGUAUCAUUGAGUAAUUUUAUGUUUUCCAAUUUGGAAGUGAAGAUAAUUAAUGUAGAAAAAUCACUUGAUUUGGAUAUCAUUAAUUCCACUUUUAAUAAACUUACAUUAAAUAGUGUUAAUACUGUGGUGAUAACAACUUCUACAUUUACAAUUGAUCAAAUCACAAAUACAAAGUCUCAACUUACUUAUUUGAUAUCAAAAGAACAUGUCGCGAAUGGCACAUGUCGUGUAAUGAAAUACACUUCAUUAGACUCCACUUGCAUAUCUUCACAAAUAGAAAUUGCUGAAGAUGAAAAUUGUUUAAAUAAGACAGAAAAUAGAUGUUAUGAGUGUAAAGAGACGUAUUAUCUUUCUUCAAAGUGUUUGAAGUGUGGAGAAAAUUGUUUACGUUGUUUGGACAGUACGAACUGUACUUCCUGUGUAGAAGGUUUUGUCCUCUCAAAUGGCAAAUGUGUGGACUCCUGUGAAAAGCCACGGAAUUCAUUGUGCUUAGUUUGUGACAAACAAAAAGUUGCAAAUAACAUCUGCAAUAACCUUCCGGAUAAUUGUGAAUAUUCAACAAACGGAAAAUGUCUCCAAUGUACUACUGGAUAUGUUGUUGAUUCAAAUGGGUUAUGUGAAUCAAUAGCAAAUUCAGCUCAAACGAGUGGGAAUAAUAUAAUAAAUUGUGUCGAAAGUUACUACCUGAAAGGUGGUGAAUGUGUUCCUUGUGACUCCAAUUGCCAUCAAUGUAGCUUAGAUGCAACAUGUUAUGAAUGUUCAUCAAAUUCUUUUAUCAACGCAACUACAACAUGUGAAAGUACAUUAUGUGACACUUCUACAACACAAGAAGAGAAUGGGAGAUGUCUUACUCCAGUGGCUUCAUGUGAUAAAUAUUUGAAUGGGUGGUGCAUUCAAUGUAAAGACAAUAUGUUACUUGAUAAUGGGAAAUGUGGCGAUUCAGUAGCACAGAACUGUCUUAAAGUUGAUCCAUUAGGAAAGUGCAUUAGAUGUGAUAAUGAGUCUUAUUUAAAUGAUGAGUAU